UCGUCAUUUACUAUGGGGCCACAGAACGAUAGGUUGAGGAUACUCUCUAAAGUUGACAAGUUUAGGUCAGACGAACCAUCUGGAAGACCUAGGCGCAGUGUCGACCCAUUUCGUUAUUCGUCAAGUACACCAGCUCGUUAUGCGUCAAGUGCAACAGCUCCUUCUCCUCACCCUGUUGACAGCGCUCCAUCUCGACCGUCGCCGGAGCCGUCUCCCUCGAGCUUAGUGUCACAGGCUUCCACCUUUUUGGCGCCUAAGGCCCACUAUCCUCGCGAUACUUACGAAAACGUUGAAGAGUUCACCAACACCAUAGAUUCAAGUGAUCCACAUGGUAACCUCAAUGCGUCCAUCGAGUCUACGGGGCUGGGUCCGUCCUCGGGUUCAAUGACACCCUUCAAGGGGCCCGCACUGAAUCUGCACUGGCAGCUGCUUUCGUACCAUGUAGCUCGCCCCAACCUAUUCCUUCACUUCGACGUCGCUUUCCCAACCCAAUACAUCGAGUACAGGCAGAAGUUAUCACAUGAUGUACAACGGACACCUCUGUGUGACGCUGAUCUCGACAAGCCAGCCGCAGACAUGUAUUUGACCGAGAUGAUCAUCAACUUCCAGCGUGAUCAAUUCAAAUGGGAUAUCAACGUGAACCGUGACGAAGGCAUUCGCGUUCGCGAUGUCUUCGAUGCGAUAUAUGCAGCUUUCGACGUACCACUUACGCUCCACGAACAGAACGUGAUACCACUCCGCCUCCGUGCGGGUUGUGACGAGGCGUUUAGGCUUCGCUGCAACCUCGCGCCGGUACUCCCGACCGUCCAGCAACGCCAAGGCUUGAAGCGUGUAGACGCACUUCUGUACGGGACCCUCUUCCGUGGCCUGACCCAAUCCAAGUCGGGGGCAGAUUGGACGCUGAACCUCAGUGGGACGAUGCCCAGAGCCAAACGAGAUAGUGAUAGCAAGGACAAAAGGGAUCUAUUGUCGGAUGCUUCCCUUCAUGGCCUUGAAACCACUGCAUCAAAGAUGCUUUCUGAUUCUCCUAUUGAGCACCAGUACCUACCACCAUACCCCGACCAAACACCAAACGCGCCACCGCAAUAUUCCGAUAUUGAUUUAUUUAAUCUACCUCUUUCUGCCGCCUUUGUGUCUAGCACAGAUGUGGACAAUGAUGUGAUGGUAUGACACGUGCCUUACGUCUUCUGCCUGAUCGUUAACCACCAAAUUUUAAGUCUCCCUCGCAGAGUGCCUGCAGGAUCUGUAAUUUCGCGCGGCCGCAUCCAAUCCUUCAACAUCGAAGCUUGUCCGCUGUGCUGAACAAUAUUCCGCCACUGAUCACGGAACCUUCA